UUCUGGAUGAUACUAGUUGGGUAACUGGCUACUGGGAUUGCGAAAUCUUCCUCUGUGCUUCGGGAAUUCCCACGCGGGGGCCGCUACCAAUCUCGGUUCUGUUUUCCCUCCCAGCGCCCUCGGCGGACUCGGGCCGCCUCGGGUGGGCCGCAACCUCAGUCGAGGUCACCUGAAGCAGCCCGGGGCCAAAGGCGGCCGCGACGGCGCGCGGCCCCACGGCCUCUCCUCCGCUGCGCGGCGGUGUGCUCAGCGACAGAAGGUUCCCGCACCCGGCGAGGACGCGCGCCCGCCGCGCGCACGUUUUCUUUCGCUCCCGGCCUCGGCCCAGGCGCGUCGCAUCCGGAGGCCGCCAGGAGACGCGGCCCCGGGCGGCUCCGCCAUCUCCCGGGUACGUCGGGCCUUUCUUGCCGCGCCCGAGAGCGCGCUCUGCUGGCGUCCUCGCUCCGCAGCCCUCAGCCGGGGUGCGCCGGGGAUCCCUGCUUUCCUCUCGGUUGCACACGGGGCGCUAGGACGCCGACGCUCCCGCGGCCCCAGCCUGAGCGCCACCCUCCACUCCGAGCCCUGACGACUAGGGUCAGGUUGAAUUACUGGACUGGACAAUGUCACAUGUUUUGUGGACAGUAUGGGUCUUGGGGGCUGUAACCAGCCUCUCCAAGGAAGUGGCCCCUCAUCAGACUUCUCUGUUCUGUGACUCCACGGGCAUCUGCGAGGGCCACUCCAGAUCUUUAAACUCCAUCCCUUCAGGACUCACGGCGGCUGUGAGAAGCCUUGACCUCUCCAACAAUGAGAUCACCUACAUUGGCAACAGUGACCUGCAGGGCUGUGUGAACCUCAGGGCUCUGAGGCUGGAGUCUAAUGAAAUUAACACGAUAGAGGAAGAUUCUUUUUUUUCCCUGGGGAGUCUCGAACAUUUGGACUUAUCCUAUAAUCACAUAUCUAAUUUAUCAUCCUCGUGGUUCAGGCCCCUUUCUUCCUUGAAGUUCUUAAACUUGCUGGGAAAUCCUUACAAAUCACUUGGGCAAACACCUCUUUUUUCUCAGCUCACAACUUUGCAAAUUCUGAAAGUGGGAAAUAUUUACAGUUUCACUGCGAUUCAGGAAAAGGAUUUUGCUGGGCUGACUUUUCUUGAGGAACUUGAGAUUGAUGCUUCAAAUCUCCAGAAGUAUGAUCCAGAGAGUUUGAAGUCCAUUCAGAACAUCAGCCAUCUGGCCCUUCGUAUGAAACAGCCUGAUUUGCUGCUGGAGAUUUUUGUAGAUCUUUUAAGUUCUGUGGAACAUUUGGAACUGAGAGAUACUCAUUUGAACACUUUACAUUUUUCAAAAGCAUCCAUCAAUGAAACAAAUACGUCGAUUAAAAAGUGGACAUUUAGAAACGUGAAAAUCACUGAUGGAAGUUUUAGCGAACUUGUAAAACUGUUGAAUUACGUUUCUGGAGUGUUAGAAGUAGAGUUUGAGGACUGUACUCUCCAUGGGCUUGGCGACUUUGACGUAUCUGACAUGGGCAAAAUUGGAAGUGUAGGUGGGAUAGAGACAUUAACAGUACGGAGGUUGGUCAUUCCAUACUUCUACUCGUUUCAUGAUCUGAGUAGUGUGUAUUCACUUACAGAAAGAGUUAAAAGAGUCACAGUAGAAAGCAGUAAGGUGUUUCUGGUUCCUUGUUUACUUUCACGACAUUUAAAAUCAUUAGAAUAUUUGGAUCUCAGUGACAAUUUAAUGGUUGAAGAAUACUUGAGAAAUGCAGCCUGUGAGCAUGCCUGGCCCCUCCUACAAACCUUAAUUUUAAGGCAAAAUCGUUUGAAAUCAUUAGAAAAAACCGGAGAAACUUUGCUUACUCUGAAAAACUUGAUUAACCUUGAUAUUAGUAAGAACAGUUAUCUUUCUAUGCCUGAAACUUGUCAGUGGCCAGAAAAGUUGAAAUAUUUGAACUUAUCCAACACCAGAAUAUACAGCUUAACCCGAUGCAUCCCCUGGACACUGGAAAUUUUAGAUAUUAGCAAUAACAAUCUCGAUUCAUUUUCUCUGACUUUGCCACAACUCAAAGAACUUUAUAUUUCCAGAAAUAAGUUGAAGACUCUACCAGAUGCCUCCUUCUUACCCACGUUACAGGUCAUGAGAAUCAGCAGAAAUGCAAUAAACACUUUCUCUAAGGAGCAACUUGAUUCUUUUCAAAGACUGACGACUUUGGAAGCUGGUGGCAACAAUUUCAUUUGCUCCUGUGAAUUCCUGUCUUUCACGCGGGAGCAGCAAGCACUGGCCCAGAUCCUGACCGACUGGCCACACAAUUACCUGUGUGACUCUCCAUUCUAUGUGCGGGGCCAGCGGGUUCAGGACACCCAUCUCCCAGCUUCUGAAUGCCACAGGGCAGCUCUGGUGUCUGUCGUGUGCUGUGUCCUUUUCUUGUUGAUCCUGCUCACGGGGGUUCUGUGCCACCGUUUCCACGGGCUGUGGUACCUGAAAAUGAUGUGGGCUUGGCUCCAGGCCAAAAGGAAGCCCAGGAAAGCUCCCCAGCGGGACCUCUGUUAUGACGCCUUUGUGUCUUACAGCGAGCGGGAUUCCCACUGGGUGGAGAACCUUAUGGUCCAGGAGCUGGAGCACUUCGACCCUCCCUUCAAGUUGUGUCUUCACAAGCGGGACUUCAUUCCCGGCAAAUGGAUUAUCGACAACAUCAUCGACUCCAUCGAGAAGAGCCACAAAACCAUCUUUGUGCUUUCUGAAAACUUUGUGAAGAGUGAGUGGUGCAAGUAUGAGCUGGACUUCUCCCACUUCCGUCUGUUUGAUGAGAACAACGAUGCUGUCAUUCUCAUUCUUCUGGAGCCCAUUGAG